AUGGGUUUCUCUCAAAAAUGGGGUUGUGUGAUUCUGUUAGGGCUUGCCAUUGUCUUCCACUUGAGUGCAUUUGCUCUUGGAGAUGGCAAUGAUGAAACAACUCGGUGGGGUGAUGACUGUCGGUUUAGUCGGAGGAGAGAUUGUGAUGGCCGUGGAGGAUUUGGGCGUGGUGGUAGGGGUAUUGGCGGAGGAGGCGGGUUUGGUGGGGGUGGAGGGAGAGGUGGUGGUUUAGGAGGUGGCCGUGGGGGAGGACUUGGUGGUGGAGCGGGAGGAGGUGUUGGAGGUGGAGGAGGACUUGGUGGUGGCGGUGGAGGCGGUGUUGGAGGUGGGUCAGGUCAUGGUGGUGGGUUCGGAGCUGGGGGAGGAGUAGGUGGUGGAGCCGGAGGUGUUGGUGCUGGUGGAGGAGGAGGCAGCGGUGGUGGCGGAGGUGGUGGUGUUGGAGGUGGUUCCGGUCAAGGGAGUGGGUUUGGAGCUGGAGGAGGAGUAGGUGGUGGAGCUGGAGGAGUUGGUGUCGGUGGGGGUGGAGGUGGUGGUAGUGGAGGCGGUGGUGGUGUUGGAGGUGGAUCUGGUCAGGGAAGUGGGUUUGGAGCAGGGGGAGGAGUUGGUGGUGGAGCCGGAGGAGUUGGUGUCGGUGGUGGUGGAGGUGGUGGUAGUGGGGGCGGCGGCGGUGUUGGAGGUGGAUCCGGUCAUGGAAGUGGGUUUGGAGCAGGGGGAGGAGUUGGUGGUGGAGCUGGAGGAGUUGGUGCCGGUGGAGGUGGAGGAGGUGGUGGUGGAGGUGGAGGUGGUGGUCUUGGAGGUGGUUCCGGCCAUGGAGGCGGCUUUGGAGCUGGGGGAGGAGUAGGUGGAGCCGGAGGUGUUGGUGCGGGUGGCGGCACUGGCGGUGGUGGUGGCGGUGGCAUUGGAAGUGGCUCCGGUCAUGGGGGCGGCUUGGGAGGUGGGGGAGGGUUAGGUGGUGGUGGUGGUUUAGGUGGAGGAUCAGGUGUUGGUAGUGGUGGUGGAAAAGGAGGAGGUUUCGGAGUCGGGAUAGGCAUCGGAAUUGGAGUUGGAGUGGGCGCCGGUGCCGGCAAAGGAACUGGUAGUGGCUCCGGUAGUGGUGGCGGUGGUGGAAGGUGA